UCUCAGCUUUGAGCGAUUAAAUUAAUAGUUAAUGAUUGUUCGUUUGUUUUUUCUAGCAUUGUGUUAGCGUGGCCGGAGGUGGCGGCGGUGGCGGAGGCGGCGGCGGAGGAGGCGGUGGAGGUGGUGGCACGGUCGGCGGCGGUCGACUGAACCUGCACCUUCGUCCUUGUGGAGGCGGCGGUGGCGGUGGCGGCAUCGCCGAAAGUGACAGCGCUUCGGAUUACCCGCCAAGUGCUACGGCAGCGAGGAGCAGGGAAGCGGCGGCGGCGGCGCUGCACGCGGCAAGAACCCUGUUGGGCGCGGGGGUGGCUAACCCUUGCUCGCCCACCCCCGAACCGCCCUUCUGGAAGAUGCCACAUAAAGAGGAGGACUUGAUGCACGGGGGUGGUGCGGGUAUUGGCGGGGGUUCUAUGGUCGGACAGAACUCAAUAUUUGGGUGCUCGGCUGCAGGACACAGCGGGGUUAACCAGCUUGGCGGUGUUUACGUCAAUGGCCGACCAUUACCAGACUCUACAAGGCAGAAGAUCGUUGAACUGGCCCACAGUGGUGCUAGACCCUGCGACAUCUCGCGCAUACUGCAAGUCAGCAAUGGUUGCGUCUCCAAGAUACUAGGCAGGUACUACGAGACCGGUUCAAUUAAACCACGUGCAAUUGGCGGUAGCAAACCACGCGUGGCGACCACGCCGGUAGUGAACAAAAUCGCCGACUAUAAACGGGAGUGUCCAUCGAUUUUCGCUUGGGAGAUUCGCGAUCGACUUUUGCAAGAGGGUGUUUGCAACAACGACAACAUACCGAGCGUGUCGUCCAUCAACAGGGUGCUGAGGAACCUCGCCUCGCAGAAGGAGCAACAGGCGGCGGCAGUGCAAGCGCAUCAGGGUGCCGAGAGCGUGUACGAUAAGCUUCGGAUGUUCAAUGGGCAGGCUGCAGGUUGGCCACCGGCUUGGUAUUCCGCUACGCCCUCUCAUCAUCCCUUGGCCACGGGAAUCCCGACGGCGGCGACCCCGGGCUCUGGCCAGUCGCUUCUACCCGGCAGCCAGCUUCACGGCCGCGACGAUUCCCUGCUCAAACGAAGCGACACGGGCUCACUGUUGUCGCAUCAGCAGGAGGCUACGUCGGAUGGCAAUUCGGAGCACAACUCGUCCGGCGACGAGGAUUCGCAGGUACGGCUGAGGUUAAAACGGAAGUUGCAGCGCAAUCGAACGUCCUUUUCCAACGAACAGAUCGACAGCCUCGAGAAAGAAUUCGAGCGGACACAUUACCCGGACGUGUUUGCACGGGAGCGUCUCGCCGAGAAGAUUGGAUUGCCUGAGGCACGUAUCCAGGUGUGGUUCAGUAAUCGCAGGGCGAAGUGGCGUCGAGAGGAGAAAUUACGGAACCAAAGGAGGGCAGCCGUCGAUCAGGUAGUCGGCGGUGGCAGCAGCGGGGGUGGAAGCAGCACCGCGCCCCCUGCCGCGACCCCCGCCACGCCACGGUUACCCUUAAACGCCGGAUUCAACGCCAUGUACUCGUCGAUACCGCAGCCGAUCGCUACGAUGCCCGACACUUACAGCUCGAUGUCGAGCAGCUUGGGCGGGUCAAUGGGUGGAAGCUGUCUUCAGCAGCGCGCCGAGGGAUAUCCGGCGUACGUGUUCCACGAGCCCCUUCACUCGCUGACGCAGUCUUACUCCCACGCACACAGCACUGCUGCGCAUUCGCAACCCCAUCGCGGUAUACCGACCUCUCAUGGUGGAACCCCCACCACGCCAGGAGGACAGCCUGCAGGACCAGGUGGUGCGCCCUACCAACCAACGACCUCGACCGCCACUGGCGUGAUAUCGGCGGGCGUCUCUGUGCCUGUCCAGAUCCCGUCUCAGACUCCAGACCUGACAGGCAACUAUUGGCCGAGGCUCCAGUGAUCCCAGCUCUUCGGGUUCCCGCCCGCGAGCCUGCUCGUCGGCCAGGAGAGCCCGCCGCCACCGACAGCCACCCCCGGUGCAGUGUCCCGGCCGCUGCUCGCAUCCCUCGGGAUACCGACGCAGCCAGCCCAGCAUCAACCAACGAACACGCCGGCCACCACUCCCGUGCACACGUCCGACACCAGUGA